GAAACUCUGCUUAUUGACGCGCCCUUCACUGUACCGCUGAAUUGGGGUCGGGGAAGAGCCACCCACGGUACCUUCACUUGGCGCAAGGCAGUACUACUCCCAGUCAGCCAGUCUGCAUAGGUCAAUACCCUUCACCAUGGUGCCCAAGAAGAAAGGCAAGCCAGAGUCCAAGCCUGUCGCUUCAUCUUCCUCUCAGCCUGCGCGGCAACCACCACCCAACUGGCCCGCCUUCACCCCUCUCAUCCCAGAGUCGCAUCUGGCGCUGGAGGAGCUACUGCCUGGCCAAAUAGUCACCAUAAGGAACCUGUGGACAGCGACGCUAUGCAAAAACUAUGUGUCAUUUCUCUCCUCGCUCCCCUUAGCCACAACACCCGGGAAGCCCAAAAAGGGCCAUGCUGUCCGCGUGAACGAUCGCUACCAAAUCGACGACGCUGCUUUCGCCGAGAGACUGUGGACUGAGACUGCGUUGAAAACCCUCGUCCAGACUCAGCCCAACGAACUCUGGGGCGGCGACGUCAUUGGUCUAAACCCGAAUAUUCGGAUCUAUCGCUACUCGAAAGGGCAGUUCUUCGACCAACACUAUGACGACUACAACCAUGUUACUAUAGCUGGCCCUCCGUCUACACCAGCACGCACCACUUGGACCCUGCUACUCUACCUCACCUCCCCCGCCACAGGCUGUGUCGGGGGAGAGACUGUCUUCUACCCUGACCCACCCAAGAAGAAAAGCAAAGAUCCACCGCCUGCACCCUGUGUUGUCGGCCCAGAAGUUGGUCUCGCACUACUGCAUCGACAUGGGGCCGAAUGCAUGCUUCACGAAGGACGCGAGGUUCUCGAGGGCGAGAAAUGGGUCAUCCGGAGUGAUCUCUGCGUUAGGCGGUGACCUGGACAAUGGAUGCUCAUGAGUGCCAUCCAAAUUUCCGUGCAAUUCGACCCAGAACAUCCGACGCAGAUCUUUGUGCAACAAAUUG